UCCUGUCAUUCAAGAAGGAAGUUAUGCUUUAUAAAGUGAUAAAAUGGCGACUAAAGAAAACAUAGACGCGUCAGAUGAAAUAAUAACAGUAAAGUGUUGUGUAUGCACCAAGAAAAACAUAACAAGAGAUGCUGAAAAGUAUUGUGUAGAAUGUAAGGAUUAUUACUGUAUACCAUGUACAGACUCGCACAAAAUGUUUCCUGCUAUGAGUGGUCACCAGAUCUUGGAUAAAGCUGACUUCAGCUCCCAUGGUUUACAGGUAGCUGAGCUGCCAAGUUACCCUACAGAGAGAUGUUCUACACACAAGGCAAAAUUACUGGACAUGUUCUGUGCCAACCAUAAUGAAGUUGUUUGUGCUAGCUGUGUAGCUAUACAUCACAGAGCAUGCCAAGAGAUACGAUCAAUUCCAGAGGACAAUGAAAAUUUGUACAGGGAAUCAAGUUUAAGAGAAACUAAAACAAUAGUGAACGCCAUGAAGAAAACCAUGGAGGAUAUAAAGAAGUCAAAAGAGCAACUAUUAAGAGAGCUGAAGAAACACAAGAAUAAGGCAACUGAUUCAAUUAGGAAAUUCAGGAAGGAAAUGGAAGCUGUGCUUGAGAAACUUGAAAAGGAAUCCAUAAAGGAGGUUGAAGCAGAGUAUGAAAAAAUGAAAGUAUAUUACACAAACAAAUCAAGGAAGCAGAGGAAUUCAAUGUGAACCUUGUACAAUACUACAAGAAACUGGAGAGUUCUGCUGGAAAUAAAGCGCAGGAGUUUGUCUGUGUUAAACAGACUGAGAAAACUAUUCGUAAAGCUGAAAAAGCUGAACAAAUUAUGAGAAAAGAACCAGAUGUGGAAAUAGGAUUUCAACCUGAUGUAAAAAUAAAUUCUUUUCUAAAACAAUUACAGACGCUCGGUAAGAUCUCAAUUACAAGUACAAAACUCAAACUAAAAACAACAUUGUACACAAAGAGAGCAGAGAAUGAAAUUAAUGUGAAAUUGACAACAGACAGAUGUCGCUGCUAUAUUUCUGGUUCCUGUUUCAUUUCAGAUGGCAGCCUACUACUGGCAGACUCCAACAACAAUAGACUGAAACAUGUAAAUAUUUCCACAGCUACUGUUAAGGAUCAUCUAGAUCUUGAUGCUGUACCAAAUGUUGUCUGUCAGAUCAGUGAUGAUGAAGCUGCAGUCAGUCUUAGUAACAACACCAUCCAGUUUGUAUCACUGGUUGAUAAGAUGGCUACCACAAGGCAACUGAAACUGCAUCAUACCUGUUUUGGUCUGGCCUACAUGAAUGGCAGACUGUUUAUAUCUGAUUUUUGUUCCGCAGUUUAUAUUCAUGAUAUGACUGGUACCAUGCUCCACAAAAUCACAGCAGACAGAUCAGGCAAUGAAAUGUUUAGCUCCAGCAGACAUAUCAGUCUCAGCACUAACAGAGACAGGGUGUAUAUAGCUGAUGAGGAUAAAGGUGUGAUCACACUAGACACACAGGGAAAUUAUGUAUCAACAUUUACAGAUCCUGAUGUAGUUUACUCUUGGUCAGUAUGCACUGAUGGAAGAGGAAACAUAUUUAUCAGUUCAGCUGAAUCAGACAUUGUCCAGAUAAGUGAGGAAACUAACAGGAAGUUAGGUGUACUCACAGAUAUGAUGGAAUCUUUAUCUGCUUCAUUUGACCCACAGCAGAACAACCUUGCUCUAACUUUUAUCAGUGAUACUGUAAAAAUCUUUCAACUAGAAUAAUUUAAUCAUAUCAUCUCUUCUGAACAAUGAGUGUUCUGCAGAUUAAAUUUGUUCCAUUUUAUAUCUUACUAACAUACAUCAAACUGUCUUGCAACAUCUAUGCAUAAUGUAUCUUAAACGAAGGUAUAACAGUAUGCUAUUUACCUUAUCCGUAUUAUAGUUAGUUGGAUAAAUAAAACACAAAUCUAAUUGGUCAACUACUAA